AUGGCCCAAUUCACUCUCGAAAGCGCGCUGUCACACGAUGUCCUUGAGGAUAUCUCGAGCUUCUGGUUCCGUCAUCUCGAACAUGACCACGUCAUCAUACCUGGCAUCGAAGACGUAACGCCAUGGUUUUCACAAAGUGACGCAUACGAUCAAGAAUGUCUUGAGAAAUUUGGGGCCCAGCUCAAAGUAAUCCAAUCGAUGCAACCGAGUGGAGCGAACAUUCUAGCUGCCGCAAAUCCAUCCACGCCUGUACACUGGAUCAGCCUGAUCAUUCUUUUGGAUCAGCUUCCAUGGAACUGCUUCAGAGGCGUUAAGGCUGGAAUCGUCUUUACGCUUUUUGACAAGUUGGCGUUCGAAGUUGCUUCUCAGGCACUUAAACUUGGUAUACCAACCGAUCAACAAGUACGUUUCCAGUUGGCUCGUAGAUUUUGGUUCUUUAUGCCAAUGGAACACUCAGAGAGUAUGGAGGUACAAGAAUCACUGACAAAAGCUCAUUCUGAAAUGUGGUAUGAUUAUGAGAUGCUGCUGGAAAAGGCUGUGCAAGGAUGGGACGGUUCCUUUGCACCAUGCCGCGCAGUGCUUCUCAGGAGAAAAUAUGCCUUCGAAAUGUUCAAGGGUACCAUGCAGGGUAUUUAUGAGAGUAAGAAGGAUUUGCUAUAUCGUUUCGGGCGAUUCCCGCAGCGCAACGACGCAUUGAAUCGGCCUUUUACCGAGGAAGAGGUGCAAUGGCUGAAUGAAAGAUGA